AAAAAAAAGUAAAGAAAAGAAAGAAAGAAAGAAAGAACAAGGGUGCCAGUUGCCAAAGUCACAAUCGUCGUCUUCAAUUGGAAGGGGACUUUGAUUCUAUUCUGCUGAAUGAAAGAGAAGAAAGCCCUAAAUCCAUUCCUAGCAGGCAGGCACAGCGUAGCUCGAAGAAACAAUAUAUAAUUACAUGGGUUCGUUGAACAACACGGCGAGCUUCGAGUCGUCACCGGAGAUGGAGAAAUUCCUUUGCGAUCGAUUGCUCGACCAGAACCAGCCCAUCUCCAAGCGCUUCAGAGCUCUCUUUUCUCUCCGCAAUCUCAAAGGUUCCGCUCCUCGCAACGCUCUCAUUCUCGCGACAAGGGACUCUUCAAAUUUGCUGGCUCAUGAGGCUGCAUUUGCCUUGGGUCAAAUGCAAGAUGCGGAUGCAGUCCCUGCUUUGGAAGCGGUUUUGAAUGAUCUUUCUCUUCACCCUAUUAUUCGUCACGAGGCAGCAGAAGCCCUUGGUGCCAUUGGUUUAGAGAGCAAUGUUCCUCUGUUGAGGAAUAGUUUGGCCUCAGAUCCAGCUCAGGAGGUUCGGGAGACAUGUGAAUUGGCUCUUGAACGAAUUGAGCAGUUGAAGGUUGACAGUGGCAAAUCCACCAUUGAAAAGUCACCUUUUAUGUCGGUUGAUCCAGCUGCAGCAUCUGCUUCAUGUUCUUCAGUAGCUCAGCUUAGGGAUGUUCUUCUGGAUGAAGAAAAGGGCAUGUAUGAGCGAUAUGCAUCCCUUUUUGCACUAAGAAAUAAUGGUGGGGUUGAAGCUGUAGCUGCUAUAAUUGAUUCUUUGGGUUCAAAAAGUGCUCUUCUGAAGCAUGAGGUUGCUUAUGUGUUGGGACAAUUGCAAAACAAAGCUGCUUCGGCUGCUCUAUCAAGCAUUCUUAAGGAUGUCAAUGAGCACCCGAUGGUUAGACAUGAAGCCGCUGAAGCACUUGGUUCCAUUGCAGAUGAUGAAAGCAUAUCACUUCUCAAGGAAUUUGCCUCGGAUUCCGAGCCAAUUGUUUCAGAGAGUUGUGAAGUUGCUCUUAGCAUGCUAGAAUUUGAACGAUCGGGAAAGUCAUUCGAGUAUCUCUUCAUGCAAGCUCCUCUAGUUCAAUAACAGUUUCUCUGACACCGGCUGGUGCAUUCAUCCAUACGCCAAGAAAAGGAUUCGUUUAUACGAGAGAAUUAAUUAAUCUUCUACAACUGCGACCGAGAAGUUGGGGGCAAAAAAGGGUAUUGGGGGAUAACUAUUCUUGUUAAUUUAGAUCUUUAUCUCCUAAAGCAUGGUUUCCUAAUUUAUGUUGUAACGUCUAAUUUAUGGAGUUUGAGGGCUUGGAGGUUUUCCUCUUUUUUUUUUAGCAUUAGUCGAAAAUAUAAAUUAUAUAAUGGCAAUAAUGAUGGACCCCUUUUUUUCUUUUGUGUGCUGGAAAAAUUUGCUCAAAACAGAAUAUAUAUAUAUAUAUAUAUGUGUGUGUGUGUGUGUGUG